AUGGCCUCUUCGACCGAUCUAUCGGCUCUGGCCGAUCCGACACGCCGCCUGCCCCCACUACGCUCCGAGCCCUCGGCAGUGCCGCUCUUCACCGCCCUCUGCCACCUGUCGGAGCUCUACUCUCCCCACUCGCUCACCCCUUCGGAGCGACGAACGCUCGCUUCGCUAUCCAACCCAUCGUCGGAAGGUACCGACUAUCGGGAUACGGAAGCAUGGCAGGACGCUCUGGACAGCGCGAGGGUCGACGCGAGCGAACAGCGCUACGCCAUGUCCUGGCUCACCCGCCUCAUCGCUACCGGUCUACCCUGGAUCGACGCCGAAGAACACCAUGGUAGCCAGAUCGAUGCCGAGACACUUCUGGAUCUAGCUGGAAGGGUGCUGGGGGGACAGGCCGGUCUGGAAGAGGCGGGCGCCAUCACGAGGGACUUCUACUUUCCCCUCGAACGAUCCGUCAUCGAGAUGCAGGCCUCGAGCAGCAGCCUCGGUGCGGUGCACAUCCACAUGCGCGACGAGAGCCUGCCUCCAUCAGAAAGCAAGCCCCGACAUCGUCUAGAAGGAGAAGGCGGAGAGAUCACGACGAACGGCGACGACGAUGGGGAAGAAACCUCGAAGAACGCCGCGGCGGCCGUGGGCGUGCAGACGUGGGCGGCCGCCGUCAUCCUGGGCGACAUGUUUCUGCGGCGUCCCGACCUCUUCCAUGCCGAUUUUGUCUCCCUCGUUGAUCCACCCUCCUCUGGGAAUGAAGGCGCUGCCGCUCAGCAGCGACAGCGACAGCAGCGACGACGAGGCAAGAUGCGGAUCCACGAGCUGGGCGCCGGUACGGGCCUGGUGGGCAUGGCAGCCGCCAAAGGCCUGCAAAACCGCCGCUGGCCCGCCACCGUGACAAUGAGCGACUUCCACGACCAGGUUCUCGAUAACCUCCGCUUCAACCUCGAGCAGAACUUUGGCACGGCGGCGUUGGCAUCGGCAUCGCAAGAUGAUGUGGUUGAUGUCCGAGUCGAAAAGGUAGACUGGUCGGUGCUUCACCAACGGCGUCUUGCGCCCUCUGCCGCCACGGCUGCAGACGAGGGAGCAGAGGGGCGGUCGCACCUGCUUCUCCUGGCCGACGUCAUCUACGAUCCGCAGCACGCCACCUGGCUCAAGUCGAGCAUCGAGACGCUCCUCCUCCGUCCCCACGAGGAGGAGGGGGAGGUGGAGCAAGACGAGGACCGGGCUGGGUCUACAGGAGCGCGAGGCAAGAGCGGCCGGUCGAGGGCGCACAUUCUCAUCGCGCUACGCACAAGCGGCAAGUUCGAGGGGCUGCACAAGACGGUGGAAGAGGUGUUUGGUCGUCUCGAUUCAGAUCGACCUCCGGGUGGCGACGGGUUGCAGUUGCGGAUCCUAAAGGUUACAGAGUUGCAGAAGCGGCAGAGGCUGGGGAGGGACGAUGAGCAGGGGUAUCUAUGGUUUGAGAUCGGCUGGAUCGCUGUCUAG